GCAAAAUCCUGUUUUAGGACACACAGUGAAUACCCCUGAAGCUUUUGAUUUUCGUUCCCGCAUCAUUAUUCGUGACUUCUACAAAAUCUAGGUGAACGCUGCAUACGCCGUGGACAUUUAAAAGCGGGAACGAAUGCUGCCUGGUGCCGGUUUUCCCGCGCAUGCGUGGUGACAGCUGCUUCGUAUUGAACAACAGAAACAAAGGCAAUUUCGACGAAUCGGAACAAUCGUGAAACUGUGCCUCGAGCUCUUUUUUAUGCAAAAGGCUUUCUUUGUGUCAAAGACUGGCUCUGAACUUCGCAUAUGGGGAGGGAACUUCCUGCUUGGCGGCGGCGGACCAGUGUCAGAGCGAUACUGAAACGGUCUCUAUUGGUUGAUUGUUGUUGAAUCUUACGGCAUUUCGCCAGAUAACCUUUUUCGUUUUCUUCAAAUCGCUGCAGGAAGUGGCAGUAGGACAAAGCCAUCAAAGUGUCAAGACACUGCAAGCAACGCACUUGCAGACUUGUGGCGAGCAGUGAUUCUCAAGGCGGUGACACUUAAACUCCAAGACUGUCUGGUAAUCUCAUUUUUCCAUGUAUUUAAAUUCACAGCACUUCGUGCGGAGCUUUUCUUCUUGCUUUGGGCGUCUUCUAGAGCUUUAUCCGUCACAAUGCUGCCGGUUCAAGGGCAGACGAGUCUGUUGGCGAACACUGGGGAAGAGAGACUGAAGCGGACAUUGUACGUCGGAGGCUUGGCCGAGCAGGUUGAGGAGGAGGUGCUUCGGGCAGCCUUUUUACCAUUCGGCGACAUUAAACAGCUGGAAAUUCCAAAGGACAAAACCACAGGCCUUCACCGGGGCUUCGGGUUUGUCGAAUUCGAGGAGGAAGACGAUGCCAAGGAGGCGAUGGAAAACAUGGACAACGCUGAGCUGUACGGUCGUACGCUUCGGGUUAACUUAUCUCGCUCUGGAGGCUUCGCUCCGGGAUCUCGAAAUAAAGCGAUCUGGAGCGAUGACUUUUUCUUUCGCCAAGAGAUGAAGAAGAAAGGCAUGGACAUUAGUGAAGAUAUGGGCGACGUAGCGGAGCCCGCUGCCCCAGAGAAACAAUGAGAACGCGGCGUCGCCGUGUAGCCACUUCUUUAUCCUAGCUGGGAUGUGAAGAGACUCCAAUUUCUCAGAUAAACUGUACUGUAAGACAACACAAGUUGGGUGAAUCGUCUGAAAGAGGUACAACUGUACACGCACUCGUGUCUGUAAACCUUUACCUU